AACAAAAUCAGAAAACAAACAAAAAACCCACGAAAUUUUGUGAAUAAAAGUGCCGGUUCUACUCAGUUUACUCUUCAUAUUUAUGCGGUUACUAUCGUUGCGCAGAAUGUCGUUCGUCGAUCUUGCCUCGCUGAGAAUUAAAUACAAAUCGGAGAAGGAGAUCUUUCUGGAAUCGAGCCUUGAGCGGAAGGAACCGUUCGGUGUGUUUCGGAAAUGGUUACAAGAGGCCUGCGAUACUCCAGAAAUCAUUGAACCAAACGCGAUGUGUUUGGCAACGGCAACAAAGGAUGCGGUACCAUCGGCGCGGUUUGUUUUGUUGAAAGAUGUUACCGAGGAAGGAUUUACCUUCUUUACCAACUACGAAAGCCGCAAAGCUGCCGAACUAGCGGAAAACGCUAACGUGGCACUGGCGUUCUACUGGUUGCCACUGCGCCGCUCCGUCCGUAUCGAGGGGGUAGCGGAGCGUAUUUCGCGUGAAGCAUCCGAGAGCUACUUCCACACGCGACCCCGAGCCAGCCAGAUCGGUGCGCUGGCCAGCCCACAGAGCCAACCGAUACCGAACCGAGAGUACCUGGACAAGAAGGAGAAGGCGAUCAAGGAAGAGCUGGGUCCGGAUAAGGUGGUUCCAUUGCCGAACUGGGGCGGUUACUUGGUCAGACCGCGCACGAUAGAGUUUUGGCAGGGCCAAACCAAUCGUCUGCACGAUCGCAUUCGCUUCCGCAAAGAACUGAAGAAUGGUGAAUCCGUUGAUGGCACGCUACUUCACCAGGGCGAGGAUGGUUGGGUCUAUGAGCGUUUGGCUCCGUAAUAAGCCAACUACAACAAACCAUGCGGAUCUGCACCGCAAUCAGUCAUACGUCUUCCAGCGCAAUGAUAUUGAAUCAUCAAAGUGAAAUUUCCAAACCGGCCGACGUUUCGGAUGAAGCAUUUAAUCUGCAUCUGUUGGGCGUCUGUUCCUUGCUCUUUAUUUAAUUGGAUUAUGUUGAGUUUAUGGAUAACGGCAUAAGGCAAACGAACGCGUCUUAUGCAACAUACAUUGCAAUAAACAUAUGAAGUAAGUUGGUUUGGUUUCCAUUCAACCUGA